CCUCCUCGUGCGCCACCCCUAGGGUCCCUCCCCCGCCCCCCUCCCUCUUCUUAAAAUCCCUCUCCUCCCGUUCCCUUACUCUCUCCUCCCCCCUUCCUCUAGUCUGUGGGUUUCCCCUAAUCCAUGGAUGCUUUUCGAUGAUUAGGGUUUUCUAUGUAAGAUCGCGGUGUUCUCGUUGUUAUCCGUGUUAGGGUUGCCGUAGAUCGAUUGCCGAUCGUAAAUUUUUCCCUUUUUUUCCUCUCUGAAACGCGAUUGCUUGUGUAAAUCCGUAUAACCAGAUCGGCGGAAUGGCGGGACCGAGGCAGUCGAAGAGGGUCUCUUGGGCCCCGGCCGUGAAUUUGUGUCAGGUAAGAUUAUUUUUGUCAGAGGAUGCCCCUUCUCAAUCUGGAUUGGGAGCUCAAGACCAUCUGCAAGCAAAGGCUUCAUGGCUCUUGCAUGCUACCGGGAUGGGCUCUGAUGAUUCCAUACCCCCUGGUUUUGAAGCACGUCAUCCCUCCUAUCAGCACAAACCAGACAUUUCACUAAUUCCUCUGAUCAAGUGGAAGUGCCCUUCCAGAAUAGUAUUGAAUCCAGAAUGGGUAGUGGUUGCUGGAGAGGAAAGUGAAGAGUUGGCUGUAGAGAAUCGGAGACAACUGGGAGUGCUUGAAGCCAUUUAUCCACGCCUUUCUGUCAUUCCUGCAACGCCAUUUGUUUCUUCCGAGGUCCAAAACUCAUAUUAUGAUGAUUCCCAAACUCCUCUCAUUCCCAUAAUUCCCAUUGAAGAUGAAGAUACAUCAGAGCAGCAAUUAGAGACACCUAUACCGAUUGACGCAUCUAUCCAAUUCCAUCAGCCAGACAUACAGAAGAAACUGGCGGACAUUGGAACACCGCGUGUAUUGCCUGCUCUCAGGCCUGCUAUGGAGCACUCACUGAAGAAUGCAGUGCCCCAGGCUCCAACUCUGCCACCUGGUGAGACUCCAGCUAUUGGGGCUGUACUCAGUGCAGAGCCUGAUGUUGUGGCUGCUGCUGCUGCUGCUUUCACCGCUAUCAUGAAAAGCAGUGAAGAGGGAAGCCUGAUUGACCCUGACCUUCUCAUUACGAUACUCAACAACCCCAUCAUGAUGGAAAAGUUGGUGGCCGAGUAUGGAGUUCCUAAACAAGCUCAGCUGCCUAUGGCUUCUGUGUCAGCACCGCCAUCUCUGCGAGCUCGAUCAACUGCAUCAGCUCCCCCGCUGCCACGUCCCCAUGUCAACUUCACUACCCCUGUCCCUUUGUCAAACGAACGAACCCCACCAAUGUAUCCCAUGCCAAAUGUGGUGCCACCCCAAGCUUUAAAUAGGCAGCCUUCGCCUGUUACUGCAAUACCUGCAAACUUCUCUUCAGGUGCCCCUCCAGUGAAGGAUAUAAAUUACUACAAGAGUUUGAUCCAGCAGCAUGGAGGGGAGAAGCAAGAAACUCUGGAUCGGAAUCCACUGCAGUGUGCUAGUUACAACAGUAAUUUUCUGGGUGUGAAUGGUUUGAACAUAGUCAGACAUGGCUCCAUGCAAAAAGAUGUAAAGCCCAAGAUUCCAAAACCCUGUGCUUAUUUUAACACCCCCAAAGGGUGCAAGCAUGGAGCUAGCUGCUUAUAUCAGCAUGAUUCAUCAAUUUCGCGGCGGGUUGAGCAGCCAAGAGGAUCAAAAAGAAUCAAAUUAGAUAGAGGAUUAGCUGGUGGAAACUAAUGUGUUGUAAUGUUUUUUUUCUUGGUUUUUUUCUUUAUGUUCAUUCAUCUCUCAUUACAUAUGAUCUGUUGCUCCUUUCCAGUUUUUUGUAGCCUGUUUCAAAUAGAUAACUUUUUUCCCUGCAAAGAACAGAAAAAAGAAGAAAAAAAAAUCAAUGGGACUCCAUGGUUGUCUAAAA